UCCUCGGGAAGCAGGUGUGCACUGACAGCGAUGAUGUCAUUCUUUCGGCUUCACCUGGGGAUCCUGCUGCUUCGGUGACAGGAACACAGCUGUUGGACAGAGUGGAGCAGAUAGACACAUAAAAAGGCGCACACAAGCACAGGCAUUGCUGCUGGGGGACAGAUUUCAGAAGAAUGGACUAUAAACAUUUUUUGUUUUUCUUUUGUUGUUUUAUUUUUUCAAGUUUUGCUGUCUUGGUUCUGUACGAAACUUCCUUGGCAAAGAACCAGCAUUUAAGUGUUUGAGGGACAAACACAGUGCACAACGCAGCAGGGUUGCUGUUUAUCAGGAAAGUAUUAAGCAGCAGCGUCUCUUGGAUAAGCACUCAAGACGAGAACGCUGGGAACAGUAAUACUGCCAAUGGGCUGAGCGACAGAAACACCACCAGCAAACAGAAGCACGAACACUCGACUGCCUGAAGAAACCUCUUCGCUUGAUUUUGUGAGCCAGUCUCGGGUGGGGGUGGGGAGCGGGGAGCGGGGAGCAAAGACAGGCCAGGCUAACGAGCACAGCUGAGGAGGAAACCUUGUUAAUGGACCCCUUGAAUCAGCUUGCCAAGGAGAGAGAGAGAGGAGAGGCAGUCUGCCUGUUUGUCUGCAUGCCUGCUGUUAUUUCUUGUUUUCAGUAUCGGAUAACUCGCACCACCCUUUUUCUUCAAACGGAGCAGUAACCUUUUUAUCUUCCAACUUGCCACAUCCAUGUCCCUACCUCCCUCCCUCCCGUUUUGGUUUUUAACGCAGUAGGCUAUGUGAUUAUUUAUUAAGCCAAUACUGCCUUGUCUUUCUCUAUGCACUAACUGAUACAGAGCAGAUCUGAACAGAAUCCUUCCUUUCUUGGGGAUUAUUUUUUUUUUUUUAAUUUAAAUGACACACAAGAAGAGCUCCAAGGUCCCUCCCUGGCUGACGAGCCCUGUCUCUGUUAAACCCAGCCCUAAUGGGACCCCCAACUAGAGCGACCACCAAACAGCACUGGCAGUGCCCUGCUCCACACCCUGCUUAGUGUUUCACAGACCUUUACAAAACAUCACAGGCAGAGUGGAGAGAGAGGGACUGGUGUUUGUUUGUUUGCCAGCGGGAAGACGGGACGAUGUCUUGGAAGCGGAACUACUUUGCGUCGGGGAGCAGCGCCCUGCAGGGAAUGUUGGCCCCGCGCAACAUGACCUCCAUCGCUCCGAGCAAGGGGCUCAUCAACGAGCCCGGACAGAACAGCUGCUUUCUGAACAGCGCCUUGCAGGUUCUCUGGCACCUGGAUAUUUUCCGCAGGAGUUUUCGGCAGCUGACCUCUCACAGGUGCAUGGAGGACUCCUGUAUAUUCUGCGCGCUCAAGAGCAUCUUUGCGCAGUUCCAGUUCAGCAGUGAAAAGGUGCUGCCCUCCGACGCUCUGCGCAGCGCCCUGGCCAAGACCUUCCAGGACGAGCAGCGCUUCCAGCUCGGCAUCAUGGACGACGCCGCUGAGUGCUUCGAGAACAUCCUGAUGCGCAUUCACUUCCACGUCUCAGACGAGACAAAGGAGGAUAUCUGCACAGCCAAGCACUGCAUCCCUCACCAGAAAUUUGCCAUGACCCUCUUUGAGCAGUGCGUGUGUAACAGCUGUGGGGCCACGUCGGACCCCCUGCCCUUCAUUCAGAUGGUGCACUACAUCUCUACGACCUCGCUGUGUAACCAGGCAAUUCAGAUGCUGGAGGGCAGAGAGAAGCUGACUCCAGACAUGUAUGGAGAGCUGCUCCGCAACGCCAGCACCAUGGGGGACCUGCGCAACUGCCCGAGUAAAUGCGGAGAGAAGCUGCGUAUUCGUCGCGUCCUCAUGAACUCCCCUGAGAUCAUCACCAUCGGCCUGGUUUGGGACUCUGACCACUCCGACCUGGCAGAGGACGUCAUCCACAGCCUGGGCACCUGCCUGCGCCUCGGAGACCUGUUCUGCCGGGUGACGGAUGACAAGGCAAAGCAGUCAGAGCUCUACCUGGUGGGCAUGGUGUGUUACUAUGGCAAGCACUACUCCACCUUCUUCUUCCAGACCAAGAUACGUCGCUGGAUGUACUUCGACGACGCGCACGUCAAAGAGAUCGGCCCCAAGUGGAAGGAUGUGGUGUCUCGCUGUAUCAAGGGCCACUACCAGCCCCUGCUGCUGCUCUACGCUGACCCAAGAGGCACGCCAGUGUCAUUGCAGGACCUGCCCUCUCAGAUAGACUUGCAUCACUACAAUAAGGCCUACUAUGACAGCGAGGACUCGGGCCGGGAGCCCUCCAUCUCCAGUGACACUCGCACAGACUCCUCCACAGAGAGCUACAGCUUUAAGCACUCCCACCACGAGUCCAUGGCCAGCCACUUCUCCUCUGACUCCCAGGGCACUGUCGUCUGCAACCCCGAGAAUGACACAGCAUCUCAGAGCAGCGUGGACACGGGGCAACUGACUGACAGUGAGUCGUCUCAGCACUACCUGCCCAGGAAGGGUGGGACUAUAGACAGGAAGGGCGGGGCUGGAGACAGGAAGCACAGCUUGAACCGGUUGAGACGAUUUGAUGAGCGCAGUCGAGCAGUGAGGGGGGACGAGGCGUCAUCAGCAGGGUACCACAGCGAGGGCGAGACCCUGAAGGAGCAGCAGGUGCCCCGCACUGCCCCCAAGCCCUCGAUCAGUCGGCUGAAGGAGUUCAAGGAGACCAUGAGCAGCAUCAUCCACAACCGCACGCUCCCCAGCCCUGCCUCCUCCUGCAAGGGGGGCGUGGCUGACUGGGAGGUGGAGAGCACCAGCAGCGAAUCGAAAUCCAGCUCCUCCGGGGGGCGGUACCGGCCUGCCUGGCGCCCACGCAGAGACGCGCUGAACAUCGACAGCCUCUUCAGCAGGGAGAGGCGCCGACAGGCAGGCUACACCCAGCUGGGAGCUUCCAUGGCCCUGCACGAGGAGAGCGCAGAGGAGCCCCCCGGAGUGGGGCCAGCGCCACCAACCCCCCUCGGCACAGCCAAGCCCCCCCCUCCCCAAAUCAGAGGCCUGGACGGGGGGACGAGGUUCAUUCAGAGGAUGGAGAGCGGAUACGAGAGCAGCGAGAGGAACAGCAGCAGCCCUGUGAGUCUGGACCUGCCCCUGAGUGAGAGUUCCACUGCCAGCUCAUACAGGGAGGCAAGUUCUAAGAAGCUGCUGAGCUCCGGCCCGUCCUGGAGGAGUAUCCCCAAAUCCAAGAGCAGCAGCACCCUUCUGCAGGGGCUGAGGAGCCAGCCCUGGGGGGCCAGCCAGGCCAGCCUGGGGGAGGGGCGCAGUGAGCUGGACGAGCUGCAGGAGGAGGUGGCUCGCAGGGCCCGGGAGCAGGAGCUGCAAAGGAAGAAGGAGAAAGAAAGGGAGGCGGCCAUGGCCUUCAACCCCAGACCCAGCAAGUACAUGGACCUGGACGAGCUGCAGAACCAGGGGAAGAGUGACCGCUUUGAGAGGUCUCUGCAGGAGGCAGACUCGCUGUUAGAGCAGUCUCUGCGGCUAGAGCAGGGGGAGGACUUGGCUGCAGCACUGUCUGUCUGUAACGAAGCUGUGUCUAAACUAAGACUUACCAUGCAUGAGGGCAGUGCUAACACUCAUAACAGGACAAUGGCUGAUAAGAAGCUGCAAAAGUGCAUGAGGAGAGCUCGAAGCCUACAGCAGCGCAUGCAGCCGCCAGAGCCGUCACGGCCACACGAGGGCGCUGUGGCGCAGUCUGAAAGUGAACAGCCUAUCCCGUUCCAAGUACUGCUGACAUCAUGCCGGGAAGAGGUUCGAGACUCCAAUCAGGAAGCAGACUCCUCCUUCCCUUUCCCCGUCCCCUCGAACCUCCCUCACCCAUCCUCCUACCCCAGCCAACCUGCUUCCAGGGGCAGCUGUGAGCAUCUGCCGCCUCCCUCCAGCCCUGGGCACUGGCAGAGGCAGAGAGCUUGUGGGGGAGACUCCAUGAACUGCUGGGACAGCGCAGAGCUCUCCGACGUUACCCAGCUACCCGGCACUCUGGCACGGCCCAUUCACAAACACAAUGCCCUGUCCCUACCUAGCCUGCCCCUGGAGAGCAGGCUGAGGCAGGGCAGUGAGGGGGAGGAGGAGGAGCUGCCUCUGCCCCCCCCUCACCCUUACCAGAGCUCCUUCCACUGCGACUUACCUCACACCCUCACAGUCCCCUUCUCCACCUCCCAUUCCACCAGGCCCACAGCCGAGCACAGGAGUCCCUUACCUCUGGAAAAGAGAGAACAUGCACCCCAGGGGUACCCCAGCUGGGCCACGUGCUCCCCUCACUCCCCCCGUAUCCCACACUCCCCCAGGUCUCCAGUGAGGCGGCAGACACCCAAAGACCCCGACCCUCUCCUCAUCUCUAGUCCCAGGCUGGCUCCCUUCCCCUCUUCCCCUCCUGCUCCUCCCGCCCCUACCCACAGGAUCUGGUCCUCCUGCAACCUGGACAGGCCAGAUGGGGCAGACACGCCCUUCUACACCCCACCAAGGCACUCUAAUUCCGUGCCUAGCAAGCCCUCCCCCCGUCACCCCCCCUGUCUUGCCAUGCCGUUGGAUCGAUGGGCAGAGAAUGUCUCACGACACUACAGCUCCCAGAGGGACCGCCCAUCCUCCCCCCCUGACGAGGAGCUGUCGGAGCUGGAGUGUCUGUACCAGGCGAGUCUGCAGGCUCACAGCAGCUCCAAGGCACUGCAGGCCCCCGGUCAGCAGGGCUGUACUAAGCCAGUUUCCAAGGCAACAGCCAUGACACGGAAGCUGUUAUCUGGAGUGACCUUACCAUGCCGAUCGAAGACCCCUACUGCGGAGAUUGAGAGGAAAGCGUACAGCAGCUCCCCCACAUACACUCCCACGCCGGUGUCUGUCAAGUCUUGCAAGUUGCCUCAGUACGAUGAUGAAUCCUACAGCGCUGACAACCUGCGCCGUAUCGCCCGCAGCCUGAGCGGCACUGUGAUUGGGGGCCGUCCCGAGCCCAUCACCACCUCUCGCAGCUUUGAACCCCAGGUCACGUGGACCCAGCAUGCUGACCCCAGAAUCAUGCGUCACGCUAACACCUCUCCCCGCAUCACUUCCUCCCUCAAUCCUCCUGUGUUUCCCUUUGACCCCCAACACCACCCCGUCCCACCACCGCACCUAUCCCAGCAGCCACUGCGCCGGACACUGCCAGGAGCUCACCCGAAGGUCGAGAAGUUUCUGGCUAUGCUUGACCGGGGUGAAGAUUUCUCCCUUAAAAACUACCAGCAAGCAGCCCUGAGCUAUGGGACCCUUCCCCAGGACCUUACCCACAAGAAAGAGAUCCCAGACAGGACCAUCCUACCACGCUCGGACCACCAGUCACUGCCCCCUGGAGCCAGCAGACAAUGGAGCCAGUCGAACAUCCCCCGCCUUGGACACGCCCCCCUCACCAUCCCCUCCCACAUCCCUCAGAGAUGUAGGUCUCCAGAGCUGUACAGCAGCCACAGUUUGGGGCGCCCCAUUCAACCCAGGCUGAACAGAACUCUGCAGCACCACAGCCACCAACUCAGCCUCGCCACGCCCCCUCCCUCCCCCUCCUACUCUCAGCUCUGCCGCAUGGGCGUGCUCCCCAACGAAGACUGGAGCAGCCCCUUCGCCCCCCAGCAGCACUGCCGCCCCAAACACGCUCCGGCACCCCCCCGCGCUGCACUGGCUGGGAGCAGGCCCACCCCCCACUCCACCAGAGCUCUCCUCCCCACCAGCUCUGCCCAGCAAUGCUGCUCCCUGUGCCAGCAGGCUCCUGCCCAGCUCAGCCUCGACUACUGCCAGGGCUGUGGAGCCUACAUGGCACGCUUCCACCCUGGGAGAUGAGAAGCAUGCCUGUGUGUGCAGGUCUGUGUCAGCCAUGUUACAAACGCUCGAGGUGAAACCACACACACACAGCCGCGCUGCAAAACUACAACCAGGCUUCUCUAGGGAACUGUUUGUGUGCUGUAGAGAUGCGAGGGUUAUGCAGAAAGAGGCAUCACUGCACAAGAAACUCCCACGUCAAGAAGACAUUUUGGCUAAAGCCAUGAAUGUUUUAGUUUUAUUGUAGUUUCUUUUACUUUUUUACCUCCACGUUUCACUACUGACUGUCUCGGCAGAGCCGGGGUCUGAGGACAGGGAGGGGGGUUUGCGGAGUUAGACAGCUGUUCCUGUCCAGUCUUGUUUUAUAACCAGCACUGUGGCCACUGACAAUGUCACACCGCACCAAACAGUUGCAAUGUCUCUGUGCCCUCCAUUUUGGCCGUGGAACCGCUGCAGUUCACUGCUGAGGACUGGCUCUCCAUUCGAGCAAAAUGCUCUCCGGUUCAUCAGCUCCAGUUAUGGAAUCCCCCUAAAGGAAACUCUGUAUCUCUGAGGAGUAAGGGAGGAAGCCCAGGAACUCCAGUGUACCUAAGACAGCACUGAACUCAAGACAGUGUGAAACCUUGAAUUUAUUCAUAGCUUCAACACACGUCAUUGAUUCAAAGACACUAGUCGAGUCUAGCUCUUUACUCUGUGUAACUUUCACUGGUCGAAAGAGCCUGCUCAAUUCACAGCUUUUCUUCCUUUUCCAAAGAAUGACUAUAAAUAAAUACAAAUAAAAAUUUUAAAAUUAUAUAUAUAUAUACACACACACACACAUUUAAUUUGGGAUGCAGCAUGGUCUACAUGAUCAAGGAAGUCCCAAAAGUCGACAGCUGCAUUGCUGUAUUGGAGAUGACGCUAACAUGCCAUCCAGCUGGUGUAUUUAUUUUCAGAACAAGUUUCUUCAUAAGUUAGUUCUUCAUCAGCAUCAUCAUCAUCAUCAUCAUAAUAAUAACAAAGCUAAAUUUCUCAAUGAGUUACUCAUUAAUUACUAAGGAGCUGUGAGGCUGUGCAACUACAUCCCAAAAAUAAAACAUUACAGAACAGGGCUUUUUACAUUUGUAAUAGUGUUUCUCAUAUAGUUCGUCUUGUACUGUCAUUGGGUACACAUAGGGAUAUACUGGUAUACAGGUUCCUAAUAGCAGUUCGAGAUGUGCACAUUUCAAAUGCUGUAUACAGUAGCAUUCACAUCCCCACAGCUUUCCGGGGCAGGGGCUUUACUGCAGGGUAAUUGAUUAGCAGAGUUUGGAUUGGAAACUGCAAUGUUAUUGCAAGCCUCUUGUACUCUUAUCGUUGGGUCAUUUCAUUCACUGGUGGUGUAUAUACCAGUUACAGCCAUUCCUGUUUUAAGAGGGAGCGAGAUCUCCAGAUUGCGAGUAGAGAGAUCGCCACAAGGACGGGUAUGUGAAAUUGUGUUACCCUUUACUAGUGUUGCAAAAUGCCAAUUGUAGAAUUUAUAAAUGAAGUAAAAAAUUGCUGCCGUACUCAUCACUUUAGCCCCAAUCCAGUAUAUAUUUAAAAUGAUUGUUACAACCACAGAAACAACCUGCACAAACAUUAUCUGCUCUCCUGUUGAAAUCACCUAUCUACCCAACAGUACAAUCCAGAGUCUAGGUAAAGCAGAAUUCUUCAUUUUACAUGGCUUGAUAUGGUGAUGCGUGCUGUGUUAUACCUGAAAGCAUUUUUGUGCUGGUGUAAUUCCUCACGGCUGCAGAUUUACUGUCAGAGAGUGUGUCUCUGUUUAAACUGUAUUUUCUUAUAGACAUGUUUACAAAAUCACUGUGUUUACCUUGUACGUAUUUUAGUAAGCCUGGCAAGGUGUAGCUCCUGUAUUUCAGGAAUAAAAACCCUAAAAAACAAACAAAAAAAAACAAUUAAUAUCAAUAAUAAAAAUGGAUAAGUCUUCCACAUAACUAUUUUAAAUUGUAGUCAUUCAUUUUGAAUAACCUGGCAGCUUCAUGUGCUUCAUACCUGAAUGAAAUCAAAGCUCAUGAUGCUGCCACAACUCAGCUCUAUGUAGUUGUUAUUGUUUAGUGCCAUAGUGCAUAUAUUGGAUUUGGAGUGCUACACUGCUUACGGGGUUACCCUUUCUGGGUCAUGUGGGGAGGACUGGGAGAAAGCUGGACAUACGGGUUAAUCUAGUGGUUUAUUGGGAAGUGGGUGGCUGGAUUACGGGACUUUUGAACCCUAGUUCAGCAUUUUGAGAUAAAGUCUGGUGGAGAAGGGUGAAGAAUCUGCUUCCCCAGAAAAUAUCUGUAUCAGUUCUUCUAGCUAAUAAGUGCCACUCAAGACUAGUAGAUGUACUGUAAGCUACAUAUUGUAAAUAACCUGCCCACGCUGCAAUAGCUGUAUCGCAUCAAUCCAUGCUAGCUGCAUAGCUAAGGGAAGCCCUGUUUAUUUACAGUGUGUUUUUUUGCUGUGCUGAGUGAUUGGUUGUGUAGGGUUCCUUUAUUAGUCACAUUUGUGGCGCCAGUAUCGGCACUUUUGAAAACACUCCCAUUUGUGCAGUUUUCCUUUCCUGAACUUUUCCCAAUUUCAUUAUUCAUCAGGAAGAUCCAGGAACUUUUACUGGGUGUGAGGCAGGAAGAGAGAUCUCAGCUCUUUUUACCAGACCCUGCCAAGCAUCCCAAUCCCAUGUUGAACUGUUUCUGUUUGAACAGUGGCUUUUAACUGAGAACAGCACUCAGGACUGGAAUUGAGCACACACCCAGCACACUAACUUCUGGGCAGUGGAAACACAAUUAACUGAACAAACCAGAGCUGUAAAGAGGCUGACUCAGCCCUGCUGUGGAGAAUAACCUCCUGUCCUGAACAAUGCUUCCACAGUCUCUGGACACAGCACUUCCACCCACUGUACAGUUUCCUCUGUAGCGCUCAUGUAUAUGGGCAAUAAGCAAUGCUGUAGCAUUUAAUAUCGAUGUGCAUAGCUUUACAAUAGAUGUAUAAAAUAAAUAGCACUGUAGCAUAACAAACAGGACAUGCAUCUUUGCUUAAUUAAAUGGGGGGCUACGUGUAUUAAAUAAGCUGAUUCGGCUCCCGGGCUAGUCUGUAAUAAACAAAGAGACCAGCAGACACAGCCUUUGUUGCGUUUUUAUUCCAUGGCAGGUGUGUAGCUAUUAUAAUCUAACUUUACUUUAAUUCUUUAAAAACAAAAAGAAUAACCUAUUAAAAUCGAUUGCCUUGUUUGUGUGUUUGUUUUAAAACCGGUGUUUCACAACGAGAAUUUAAAAUGAUUUUCUUGGGGCCUUAUAUUGUGCUUUAGGAGACUAAUAUUUUUGACAGCGGAGGCCUACGUUUUAUUGAAGUUAAAAUAAUGUUAUUUUAAGACUUUUGCAACAGGGCAGCUAAGUAGAAACUGUGCCAAGAGAAUUGUACUCUGUGUUCAGACUGGGGUGUAUAGAAAAAGAGACUUUGAGAUUUAAAGUUAUGUUUUUUUUUAGAAUGGAGCAGAAAGGUUCUUCAGGUUACCUUAAAAAAUAAUUGAUUUAAAAAUAUAUAAAAUAUAUAUAGAAUAUAUAUAUGCAUUUAUGGACUGGAGCAUUGACAAACAGACUGAAAAAGGUUUGUUAUUAUUUACGUCAAAGGAAUGUAAGAUAUUUGGGUUAUACCUUUUUGAAUUUUAAAAGAAGUAGACUGCAUUGUAAGCUGCAGACCUGCCGCGGUACAGGGAGUGAGAGGAGAGUCAUUGUGUACAUCACAUAGCAAUGGUUUGUCACUUUAAAAAGGCAGAUUAGGGGUUACUCGAUUCUAAUUAACCAAAGAUUUUUAAAGAGAAGGCAAGACCAUUAUCUUCAUUAUUUUGUGGUAAAUGCACAUUUUGUACAACUCUGCUCCCUGCUGACCAAAUUGCAGUACUGAAGCUUGCAAUUUUAUUUCUUAUAUAUAUAUAUAUAAUAUAAUGUGUGUAUAUGUAUGUGUAUGUGUUAUUGAGCUAUGUAUGUAAAUGUCUGUACAUAUAUUAAGACGCUUUUGAAAUGUGCAUAGGGAGAUUAUCGAUAUGUUUGUAAAGGUCAUUCAUUUACUAGUUGGAUUUCAAAACAGAAUGUGUUUGUAAAUGCUGUGCUGGAAGAUGGAACCUGUAUUUUUGCAAUAAAGUUAUAAUAAUGA